UCAGAAUUCCUCGAUUUGCAUCCGCUCUUCUUCGCCCCUCCCACUGGGCUGCUAGUUUCUAUAGCUCUGUGCCGGGCUCCUCAGUUGACAGACUGGGAGGGAAGUGCAAGUAGCGAGGCUGGCUUCUGUCUUUCUCUUGACUUCGUUUCAUGUCUUCAGACUGGUUUAAAAGGCGUUUCUUGAGCAACAGGAACCCUACAAAGAGAGGGCAAGACGCAGCCCAGGAGCCGCAAUGGCAGCAGCGGCUCCCUCAGCUGCCGUACCGGCGCCCCAAAUUCUUGCGGGGAGUUUCUUGCAGCGAAGAGAGGCAGUGUGGCAGCAAGAGACCCGUCCGCUCUUCGUCCCGGGACAGGCCUCUCCAGUGGAACACGGGCUAUGCUGAAACUAUCAAUGCACAAAAAUCAGAAUUCAAUGAAGACCAAGCAACAUGCUGUCAGAUUUCCAUCAGGAAGAAGAACUAUGACAAAGAAGAGGAUCAGGAAUGGCUGAUUCUGUGCUCUACUGAGUAUCUGACUGGCUAUUACUGGGCACUGUUUGAUGGUCAUGGUGGUCCAGAAGCAGCAAUUAUGGCUUCUAACUACCUGCACUAUUGCAUCAAGCAGAAACUAGAGGAUGUGGUGGGAGGCAUUACUGAAGACCAUCCCCCAAUGCACCUCAAUGGACAGCGUGUUUGCCAAAGUGACCCACACUUUGUAGAAGAAAAGCAAAUCUGGCAGGAAGAUAUUGUCAUUGGGGCAUUGGAGCAAGCCUUUCAGGAAUGUGAUGAAAUAAUUGGUCAGGAGAUGGAAGCUGCCAACCAAUCAGGAGGCUGCACAGCCCUAACUGUACUUUAUCUUCAGGGAAAGCUUUAUGUGGCAAAUGCAGGUGACAGCAGGGCGCUUCUUGUUAGAAAACACAGCAUUGUUCCUUUAAGUACUGAAUUCACUCCUGAGACAGAGAGGCAAAGGAUCCAGCACCUGGCUUUUAUAUACCCAAAGCUACUAGCUGAUGAAUUCACCCGGUUUGAGUUUCCGAGGAGACUGAAAGGAGAUGAUGUGGGUCAGAAAGUUUUGUACCGGGAUUACUGUAUGCAAGGCUGGGGAUACAAGACAGUAGAGAAGGAGGAUCUUAAGUAUCCUCUUAUUCAUGGACAUGGAAAACAGGCUCGGUUGCUUGGCACACUGGCUGUGUCACGAGGCCUGGGAGAUCAUCAAUUGAAAGUCAUUGAAACAGAUGUUGAAGUGAAGCCUUUCCUCUCCUGUAUUCCCAAGGUGGAAAAGUAUGACUUGACUGCACAAAAUGUUGAGGAAGAUGAUGUCAUCAUUAUGGCAACUGAUGGACUUUGGGAUGUUCUGUCCAAUGAAGAUGUAGCUCAAGUGGCUAGGAGUUUUCUUGAAGACAACAAAACUGACCCACACAGGUUUUCAGAACUGGCCAACUGUUUGGUGUGGAAAGCAAGGGGAAGGAAAGAUGGAUAUUAUUGGACUCUGGCCAACAACACUUCUGCUUCCUAUGAUGAUAUUUCAGUGUUUGUAAUUCCACUGCAUAACAAGGAUGAAAACUAGGAUCUGUUGUUUCUAAGCAAAAAGGACUGCACUGCAUUUUGGACAAUAUAGCUGUUGCUGAGAUGGUAUUCAUAGGUAUACAGCACCCAGAAAAACUCACCUUCAAGCAAAGAGGGCAGCACUGGGAAGCGUCAUGGACAGUUUCAGAUGCCACAACUCAUGGCAGCCAUCAAGUUUCAUCACCUAAAAAACUUUAGUAACAGAAGGCUGUGCUUGAGACGCCACGCCAGUUUUUUUCUGUUGUUGGUUCUGUGUGUCACACAGAAGACAGGACAUUUUGAUAUAAUGGCCUGUCAUGUAGGUUAUGAAAAGGGUACUAAUUGUAGUGGAGAAUCAUGUAUAUGACUAAUGUUCUCCUUAAAUCAUUUGAAAUAUUUGCAACUUUCCUCUUCCUUUAUUUGCUUGUUAUAUCCUGCCUUUCUUCUCUCUGGGGAGAUAAAGCAGCUUAAAAUUUAUAAUUAAAUUUUAAAAAGUUAAAACCUCAGAAAA